AUGAAUAAUUACGCACCAUAUUUGAACUUAUUCAAAAUCUUCACAUUCUUAUGUUAUUUAGACCUCAUAUUCUCUUUUCCAAUUUAUAGUUAUGCAAUUUAUUAUAUGUUAUACCGUGCACAUCGACAUAUCCGAAAUAAUUAUCGAUUUUUCCUAUUAUCCAAAAUUAUUUGGAACUGUCUUUUUGAGAAUGUAACAUCUGGUCUCGCCACGAUUUGGUUCGCCCCAAUACAAAUUGCGUGCCCAACAGGAUUCAUUGGAUAUUUUGGAAUUCCAUCAGUGAUUUGGCAAAGUAUUUUGGGUUGUUUAGCGCACGCUCUUCCAGUUUCGAUAAGUCAUUUAUUUUUCUACCGUUUAAAAAGUUCCAUCUGGCCCAGCUCUUGGUAUAAACCCCAUGAUCGUUUUGGAACUCUUUUUUUCUACAGUUUAUAUGUUAUCGGAUUCAUUUUUUAUACCAAAGAAGUUAUUCAUCAAGGAACAUCGCAAGAUCGUCUGGAAUAUGCAGAAAACUUUACAGGAUUUCCAGAAGUUUUUUGGAGAGACGAUGAUUUCUGUUAUAUUUCAAGUGUUAAAAAUGUUACGGGUGCAUCUCAUAAUCUUCCACUUUUGCUGGUUUUUACUGUCACAACUUUGUUAUUAUAUUUUAUGCCGAUUGCAACAAUUAUCAUAAUUCAAAAGAAGUUCAAGAAGCAAAAUUCGAGAAACGCUAACUUCCAGCGAAACCUUUUGAAUAGUUUAUUGGUUCAAUUUUCAAUAUCAUUUUUGAUGUAUACAAUUCCAUCAACAAUCAAUCAAAGUUCAUUUUUUAUAAACUGGUUCAAUCCAGCAAUUGUUCAAAUUUGUCAAAUUAUCGUUCAAAUUCAUGGAAGUUUUGUGGUAGUUUCGAUGUUUUUUGCAACUUCUGCAUUCAAAAAAGACCUUAUAGAGGAUUUAAAAAUUAUGGUUAAGAAGGAUUACAGAAAGAAAGAAUCAGUUAUACAUGUGACAUCUGUUUGUACGUGA